CGAGUAGAGGCAAUUCGGCAGGAGCUGACCCUUAUGCACGAGGAAGUGUCCGACAAGGAGAUGAUUACUGCUUCGCUGACUGGACUGGGGGGGAAGUAUGAAAGUAUGGUCGAAACAUUCGACAACCUGGACGACUAUUCUCUGCAGCAAGUAAAAAUCAAGCUGACGAGUCGUGAAGAACGCCUCAACCAGGCAAGAGCGGUGACUGCUGCCAAGGCCCGCAAGAAAGGGAAUGGCCAGGCUGCAAAUACCGGUUCGCAGAUCGCACCUGUGCAGUCGGACGAUAAGGAAGUGUCGUUCGUCAACAAGAAGAACCGAGGUCGUGGAGGUGGUGGUCGUGGUCAAGCCCAGCGACGUGCUGACAUCGACUGCUAUAAC